UCUCAUCCAGUAGACAGUGAUGAUGAAAGUAAAAAAGAUUGUUAUGAUGAUGAUGACAGUGCAGAUGAGAGUGGUGAUGACGUUCAUUGAAAGUCAGAUGCUGACGAUGGUGACAGUGAUCGUUCACAUUAUGUAUUCGCAGAUUUUGAUCGGCUUGACAUUAGUUGUAAUAAAGACUCUCUUGAUCAUGAACAGGGUGCUAUUGACACAACACAGAUUGGUCCAAUUGAUAUGGAAAUUAGUAGUUCAAUUGAUGAUUUAGGUUCCAUUGAAUGUAAUGUACCUGUGCUCCAAGCUGAGUUUGUGGAGGGAAACAGUCCUUCAAUCAGACUUCUUCCUUCUGGUUAUGAGAAUGAAAAAGGAGGAACUUUCUGA